AUACCAAGGCUGCAAAACCACGUCAAUGGGCGCCACUUAUGUUUACUAGAUUCUUCUUUAUCACCGUCCCAUGAGAAAUACUUGCCCGACCAGUUUUGCUCUCUAAUCAGAUACUUUUCUGUAUUUUUUUUUUUUUAAUAAAUAAAUUUGUCGACUUGGUGCUUAAAAACAGGAAUCCUAAAACCCCUACAAAUUGUCCUCUUCCCUCACCAUCUUUCUUAGGAUCUUGUUUAGAACCAAGACCACUUUACAGUGAUGAAGAUUAAACUACUUAUUUGGCUCUUCUUCAUCGUAGUAUUCCUUGUUGCUACUGCAUGUCAAAGCGCUUUCACCACAGAAUCUGGAAAUCAUGCAACUUUGGAGCAGGAAAAACGGCUAAAGAAUGGGUACGAAACAAUUGGUGAAUCUAGUAGAAUAGACUAUCAAGGAGCAUAUGAGACAGAGAAUAAUGAAGUUCAUCCUUCGAGGAUUUCUCGAAGAGCAAAGGCAAUUUAUGGAGGUGCCAAUGACCUUAAGCGCCCUCGUACAGCCAAAAAUGGAUCGUCCUCUUUCCUUCUUAAGUCCAACCCCUUUAUUGCUGUACUCAGGCAUGUUGCAGCUGGAUUGCUUGUUUCUGUUCUGCUGUUUUGACUCCAUCUUUUGGUGAUUGAGUUGCCUAAAUACAAGUUUGGAUUCUAGUUUUUGUUUUAGGCUUGUUAUCUGUAUUAAUCAAACUGCCUCUGAUUAUCUCCAUAUAACUCAAUAAUCAUGUACUGAUUCACUACGAACAGUUGUAAAAGUGAUCACAUUUUCACUUUGAUCAUGGCAAUGUUAUGGCCAUAGGAAACCAGGAAAAACCAAUGAAACCGUAUGACGCACUCCACGUGCUUUAAUGCCUUGGAUACCCGAUGAAGUCAUUCCAAUUGGAAAAAUGAAGCAUCUGGAGCUGUGUUUUAGAAAACGCAUUGCAUAGGCAUAAAUGUUUUCUUUGUCGUAAAGCACGCUAUUAGCAGCACAACAUACCGAUGCAGCAGUUGCUGUUUGGCUCCUAUUACUUGCCGUUUAAUACUCAAACAUAAAUUCGUGAGAAAGCAGCUGCACAACUUUGCCUUCUCCAAAGAGGAAGGGAUUUCUUAUAUUACAAUCUCUAUUGCUGAAAUCAUUUUCUUAUUGAUUUUAUCCAUUAAACCAAGAUUUACAGGAUCAGUUCUUCCCCUUAAAUGGUAAAAAAGAAAUCUAUGAAGGAAAUCAGACAGAAUUCAUAAGGAACUAUCCUGGCGAUAGAAAUUUACAUAUUAUCUAGGUUUUAUACAUUGAACAUGAGGAGGAGGGGGAAUAAUAGAUUGUAAGUAACAUAUUUGUUAAUGCACCAUUCUUUGCCAAGAGGCCAGACUGCUUGUUUGCCAUCACGGUGGCAACAGUGUGGCUGGUUCUGCUAAGGGUAAUUCUGGAUCAGCAGCCCGCAAUCAUGAAUCAAAAGUCCCACAUGCACGGAAAUAUCAGCACAUUCAAUUAAAAGAAAAAUGACUUUGGCAUCAGCAUAGAGAUACCUCAAAGCUAGAUGUUCAAAUUUUAAACCACUAUCCCCCCCUCCCCCUCCUAGUGCCUUGAAACACUGUAUUGAUAGCAUUAUCUAGACCCAAAAUUGGUGAAUAAAAACCUAAUGCCAUAAGCCCUCAGCAUCCCCUAACAUCAGUACCGCUCCAGCUGGUACUAUUCUCUAGUAGCCAAGUUGGCAAUGCAUAUCCAAUGCACACAAACGCAUACAUCACUAUAGGUAGAUACUCCAUACAGUAAUAACACACCCAUGCUAUCUUAAGAUCAAUGAGAUUGCAACACCUAUUUUAUGCGACUUUACUCAAACUAGCCACCUUAUAGCACACAUUCACUCAUGCAAGCAUUUCAGAGUUAAAUAGGUCAAAAAAAGUUAUGCUUUACCAAGGCCGGUAAAUUGUUCAUGGGCAGCCAACAUUAGCUAGACAAGUUAAAAGACAACUGCACAAUUUAUUACCAAAAGACAAUUUAUAAAAUAAUCUGGGCCAUUGAAUUUCUUGGUGGAAGAGAGUAUAAGUCCAGCCAAAGCCCCUUUUUUUCUUGUUUCUUUCUUUUUUUUUCUUUUGUUAUUUUGGCUAGGAGAAAGAGCUUUUCAUUCAACAAAGUAAAACAGAAAGUGUCACAAAUAACAAGUAACCUUCAUCUAAAUCCAAGGUGCCACCACAAUCAAUAACUUUCCACAGAAAAGAAAAAAAAAAAAAAAAAAAAAGCAUUGCUACCAGAAAAGUCAACACUGUCAAUGGCAAUGGCCUCAAAAAAUCCGACUCCAUGCCCACACUAUAACACCCAUAACAUGGUCUAAACCUUUAAAGAUGACAAGAAACACUGAAAAUGCUAUAUGGCAAUGCAACAUAUUUGACGUGUGUGAGUGGUCAAUGAAUUUUACAAGUUAGUGCAUGACACCGCUUGUGCAUAAAAUUAGUUGUGAUUUACUUAAAUCUGUUACUGCUCCAAAAAAUAUCAUGUAUUUGAAUUUGCCUUAUUGUCAAUGAUAUUUAGACAUUAAUAGAAACUUAAAAUUUAAAACCUAGGGAUUCCAUAAGAAACUCCACAAGCCACAUUAGAAGGGGAAUGGGAAAAAAUAAAUCAAUAAAUAAAAUAGUUGACAUUCAAGACAAUUGUAACAAGUGGCAGAGCUAAGGUAAAAUACAAUA